AUGAACGAUUUACCACAAAUGCCGACUCCGCAACAGGCAUCGUAUCAACAGCAUCAACAACAGUACAAUAAUAGAAAGCAAGCACAACAGUCUAAUUCAAGCAGCUCAAAGGUCAAUUACAAGCCACCUCAGCAAUCUAGAAAUACAAGCUCGCAUUCGAAUGCAUCCUAUCAGUCGCCUCAAUAUUAUCAACAGCCUCCACCGAAUGAUUACUAUCGUCAACAGCAACCCCCGCAAAAUACAGGUUUCCCUCCACAGCAAAUGUACCAACAACCGCCAGUUUAUCAAAUGCCUCCGCCGCCACAGCCACAGCCACAAGUACAGCCACAAGUGCAACCACAAUCCCAGCAGCAAUAUACACAACAGUACGGCCUGCCCCAGCCUAUAUAUCUGAAUCAUACACAACCAGUACACCCACAGCAAUACCAACAACAACAACAACAAGCACCACCACCACCACAGCUACAAUCUCAGCACAGCUAUCAUUCGCAACAGGCCCCUAUUCCUACUCCUCAACAACAAUAUCAGCUGCCACGAAAUCAGUACGAGUCUGUCCAUGGUAGUAGUAGUGGCUCGGUUGGCAAAAAACCCCCGCCUGUGACAUCGCUGCCUCCACGUCAACAACGACCAGUGAAUAAAUCGAAAGAAUCUUUAAAUGAGAAGCCAUUAUCUUCAAAGCAGAAAUUGGAGAUUGAAUUGAGGAGCGUUUUUGAGAAAGUGGAUGUCAACAAAUCUGGUAGAAUAUCAGGCAAAGAGUUGUCAUAUGCGUUGUUAAAUUUUGACCAUACUAGAUUCCAGGAUUCAACCAUCAAGUUAAUGAUGAGCUUAUUUACCAAUCAAGGUGAUGGAUCUUCGUCUUCAUCGUCUUAUAGCUCUAACAAAUCACUUAAUUUUGACCAAUUUGUAUCAUUAUGGAAAUACUUGUCAGCAUACAAGAAGUUGUUCAUUCAAGCAGACGCAGAUAAAUCUGGCGAUGUAUCAUUUGGGGAGUUUCAGAAGAUUAUUGAACAAAUUGGAUAUAAAUUGGAUAUUGAUUUAGUACUACAUUUAUUUUCCAAAUACAGUUUAAAAGAUAGUGGAGAGGUUGGUCGAUUGAAAUUUGAUUCUUUUAUAGAAUUGUUGGUUUAUUUGAGGAAAUUGACGGAUAUAUUCAAAAAGUAUGAUAAAGACUUAUCAGGAACUGCAACUAUUGGGUUUUCCGAUUUCUUGUUUGAAGUGAGUAACAUGUCUUAG